AUGGAGAAAGCUUCAGGCAAAUUCAUGGAGCUAGAAGCUUGUCAGAGAAACACGCAGGCUGUGCUUUGGGAUAUCCAGACCCAGCUUGGGAGUGUUGCUCAGGCUGUAGCUCAGAGGACUCAUGGUACUCUGCCCGGUCAGACCAUCCCUCAUCAGCAGGACCCGAAUGCCAACUGGAAUGCCAUCACAACCAGGAGUCGAAAGGUGACUGCUGAUCCACCUGUUCGGGCAGAAGAGAGAGAGACCCGUGCUUCAGCACUUCCAGCUAAUGAAGAGGAAAUGGAGAAGGAGGUUGAGGUGCCUGCUUCUAAACCGCAACCAGUGGUGAAGGAGUAUGUACCCCAACUCCCCUUUCCUACUCGGUUUCACAAGGACCGACUGGAGACUGAGUUUGCCAAGUUCAUGGCAAUGCUGAAGCAGGUGAAUAUAAGCAUGCCCUUCGUGGAGGCAUUAUCGAAGAUGCCCAAGUAUGCCAAGUUCAUGAAAGAUCUCCUCACCAACAAGAGGAAGCUUGGUGAGUUGUCAACGGUGAUGCUCAACGAGGAGUGUUCUGCCAUCCUGCAGAACAAACUACCAGAGAAGCGAAAAGACCCAGGGAGUUUCACUAUCCCUUGCAUGAUUGGUAGUUUGCAUAUAGGGAAGUCCUUGGCGGAUUUAGGCGCUAGCAUAAACGUCAUGUCAUAUAAACUGUUUAAAAAGCUAGAACUAGGUGAACCCAGUGGUACUAGGAUGAGCAUUCAACUUGCUGAUAGAUCCAUUGUGCAUCCUAGGGGCAUUGCAGAGGACUUGAUAGUCGCAGUAGGGCCAUUCUCUUAUCCUAUUGAUUUUGUGAUUUUGGACAUAAAUGAGGAUGUGGAUGUGCCAUUGAUAUUGGGUAGACCUUUUCUCGCCACCGCCAAGGCGCUCAUUGAUGUGAAUGAUGGAAAACUGAUUUUGCAAGGUGGGGGUGAACAAAUCACCUUCUCUGUUUCUGAUAAUAUGAAACACCCCCCAGCUCCAUGA